UUGACCCAAGUCCGGGAGGCAGUGGAAGACAGGAGGGCCUGGUGUGCUCUGGUUCAUGGGGUCAUGAAGAAUCAAACAACACAAGGCCAUCUAGCUCAGCCCCCUGCUCAAGGCAGUAAUACCAUAAAAGCAGAUGUGCCAGGUGAUGAUCUCAGUUUCUCUUCAAUGCCUCACCAACGGGACAGGAUCCACUGCAGAAGGAUGGAAGGAGAGAUAGAAUUUCGUGUCAUCCGCAUAUUGCUGACAAAAAGCUCUGAUGACCUCUCCCAGCGGCUUCAUAUAGAUAGCAUUGCAGAGAUAAUUAACCCCUGUGGGACUCCAUAAUUGAGAGUCCACGGAGCGGACAGCAUCUGCCCAAGCUGAACUCUCUGAGGAUCGUUCUCAAGGUGAUGAAUAGGACAACGGGAAAUCUAUGGAGCCAGUCACUCUUUCAUUGAAAAGAAAACCUAAGUGUGGAGCACCAAAAAAUUUCUAUACACUUAAAAGGAGAAAAAGGGAAGAAUUGAAGCCAGGGAAAAAAAGAGAGAUACAGAAAACUCCAGCUUCUCGUGCUAUUGAAUUUGAUGCACUUCUGAUCACGUGAAAAAAUCAACAAGGAAAAGAAAAGACAAAAGUUUCCCUGGGCAGAUAAAGAUUCCAGGGUUCCCCAGAUGUCAAUAGACUUGACACAGUCAACCCAGAGGAGAAAGAAAGUCAAUGCAUAGAAAAAGGAAAGAGCAUAAUGAUGCACAGUGAAAGUACUUCACGUGACAAAUCCCUGAGAGGUGAGAAACAAUACAAAUGCCUACAGUGUGGAAAGAGCCUCAGAAAGAGCAGUACGCUCAGUUGCCAUCAAAGAACGCACACUGGAGAGAAACCAUAUAAUUGCAUGGAAUGUGGAAAGAGUUUCAGUGACCACAGUAGCCUUCGUAAACAUGAAAGGAUUCACACUGGGGAGAAACCAUAUAAAUGCAUGGAAUGUGGAAAGAGCUUCACUGAGAGCAGUAGCCUUCGUAAACAUGAAAGAAUUCACACUGGAGAGAAACCAUAUAAAUGCAUGGAAUGUGGAAAGAGCUUCAAUGAGAGCAGUGCCCUCCGUAAACAUGAAAGAAUUCACACUGGAGAGAAACCAUAUAAAUGCAUGGAAUGUGGAAAGAGCUUCAAUGAGAGCAGUGCCCUCCUAGGACAUCAAAGAAUUCACACUGGGGAAAAACAAUUUAUUUGCAUAGAAUGUGGAAAGAGCUUCAAUCAGAGCAGUCACCUGAGUUCCCAUCAAAGAACUCACACUGGGGAGAAACCGUAUAAAUGCAUGGAAUGUGGGAAGAGCUUCACUCAUAGCAGUACCCUGACUAAACAUGAAAGAAAUCACACUGGGGAAAACCCAUAUAAAUGCAUAGAAUGUGGAAAGAGCUUCAGUCAGCGCUGUAAUCUCAGUUCUCAUCACAGAACUCACACUGGGGAGAAACCUUAUACAUGCAUGGAUUGUGGAAAGAGUUUCAGUCACAUCAGUCAACUUAGUUCCCAUCAAAGAACUCACACUGGGGAGAAACCAUAUAAAUGCAUGGAAUGUGGGAAGUGCUUCAGUCAGAGCGGUCAACUUAGUUCACAUCGAAGAAUUCACACUGGGGAGAAACCAUAUAAAUGCAUGGAAUGUGGAAAGAGCUUCACUCAUAGCAGUAGCCUUCGUAAACAUGAAAGAAUUCACACUGGGGAAAAACCAUAUAAAUGCAUGGAAUGUGGGAAGUGCUUCAAUCAGAGCAGUACCCUGAGUAGACAUCAAAUAAUUCACACAGUGGAGAAAAAAUAUAAAUGCAUGGCAUGUGGCAAGUGCUUCACUCACAGCAGUAGCCUCAGUUGCCAUCAAAAAACUCACACUGAGGAGAAACCAUUUAAAUGCAUGGAAUGUGGACAGAGCUUCAGUGAGAGCAGUCACUUUAGUUCACAUCAAGGAACUCACACUAGGGAGAAACCAUAUAAAUGCAUGGAAUGUGGGAAGUGCUUCAGUCAGAGCGGUCAACUUAGUUCACAUCGAAGAAUUCACACUGGGGAGAAACCAUAUAAAUGCAUGGCAUGUGGCAAGUGCUUCAGUCAGAGCGGUCAACUUAGUUCACAUCGAAGAAUUCACACUGGGGAGAAACCAUAUAAAUGCAUGGAAUGUGGAAAGAGCUUCAUUCAAAGUAGUACCCUGAGUUCACAUCAAAGAACUCACACUGGGGAGAAACCAUUCAAAUGCAUGGAAUGUGGAAGGAGCUUUAGUCAACGCAGUAGCCUUAGUUUUCAUCAAAGAAGUCACAUGGAAUGGAAAGCAUAUAAAUGCAUGAAAUAUGGAAAGGGUCUCAGGUGUCAGCAGUCUCUUGCUUGCAUCAAAGAAGUCACAUGGGAAAAACCAUAGAAAUGCAUGGAAUGUGGGAAAAGCUUCAAAUCUUUUUUUUUCACAUCUAAAAAUUUACAGGAGGAGCAGAACAAUCCAGGGAAUGCGAAACUUAUCUCCUCAAGUACAAUGCGGUUCUAAUGAAUCAGAUUCACACAGGGGAGAAACGAUAUGAAUACUUGGAACGUGGAAGGAGCUGCUCCUACAGUGGUGGCCUUUAUAAGAAUGAACAAACCCAAGGGCAAUUCUACUUCACCUACGCGGAAUGUGGAAAGAGCCCACUGUACCUUAUUAACAUGAGAGACUUCCUCUUUCAGGAGUAGUUAAAGUGUUCAUCAUGAUGGGUAAAAUUAAAUAUUUUCUUGGA